AUGAAGAAAAAGUACAAGACGAAAUUCCCUGUUGCACGUAUAAAGAAAAUUAUGCAACUAGAUGAGGACGUUGGGAAAGUAGCUCAAGCAACACCUAUUUUAAUAUCUAAGGCAUUGGAGCUGUUUAUGCAGUCCUUAAUAGACCAGGCUUGUCAAGAGUCUCGUGAAAGAAGUGCAAAGCGUUUGACUGUAGCUCAUUUGAAAAAAACAAUCGAGACAGUAGACAAAUUUGAUUUUCUUAAAGAUAUUGUUUCGUCUAUCCCAGAUCCAUUGGAAUCCCAACAACAAUCGUCAGAUAAUGCAAAUAAACCAACUCGCUCCAAUAGAAAAUCAAAAGCUGCUGUCAAAGAAGAAUAGUUAUUCUAAUAAAAAGCUUCAUUGUAUAUAUAAACAUAAUUGCUUUGACUUGGGGUGGCAAGG